ACGAGCUUAGAACAGGGGACUCAGAACUGUGUGAGCUUCUGAUUGAGGAAGGAGCAGAAGUUGAUUUUGGUCGAUAAAGCAAUGGAGAGAGUUACCAAUAGAUCCAUACAUUUUAUCGUAAGUUAAGAAGAAAUCAGAUCAGAUGGUAGCCAUUGAAGGCGCUCCCCAUGUCAAAUAGUUCUACGAGAUGUCUUUUAUUGCUGCAAAAAUGCAGAAAUAUGAAGCAGCUAAAGCAAGCUCAUGCGCAGGUUCUUACAUCUGGACUCGGCAGCAACAGCUUCGCGUUAAGCAGAUUGUUGGAUUUUUGUGCAGAACCACGCCAUGGCAGCCUUUCUCAUGCAUUGAAACUCUUCCAACACAUUCAACACCCAACCAUUUGCAUCUGCAACACCAUGAUCAAAGCCUUUCUUCUACGAGAUGCAGGACAGGUGUUCGACGAAAUGCCUGAGCUAAGUGCUGUGUCGUGGACGGUUAUGAUUUAUGGGUAUGCAAAGAUGGGUGAUGUGAACACUGCAAGAGGAUUGUUUGACCGAGCUCCAAUCAAAGAUAGGGGAAUAUGGGGCGCCAUGAUAUCUGGGUAUGUGCAAAACAAUUGCUUCAAGGAGGGGCUGCACAUGUUCCGUCUGAUGCAGCUGACUGAAGUAGAGCCUGAUGAAGCCAUAAUUGUGACAAUCCUUUGUGCUUGCGCUCACAUGGGAGCUCUUGACAUUGGGAUUUGGAUUCACAGGUAUUUGAGUCAUCUCGAAUUGCCAUUAACUCUGCGAGUGAGCACUGGGCUGAUGGAUAUGUAUGCAAAAUGUGGGCAUCUAGACAUGACCAGGCACCUGUUCGAUGAAAUGCCGCAGAGAGAUACCAUUUGUUGGAACGUAAUGAUUUCAGGAAUGGCAAUGCAUGGAGAUGGAGAAGGCGCACUGAAGCUCUUCAAGGAGAUGGAGAAGGCAAGAAUCAAGCCAGAUGACAUAACAUUCAUAGCCAUUUUGGCAGCUUGUAGCAACUCAGGCAUGGCCAAUGAAGGCUUGAAGAUACUGAACAAAAUGUGUACAAUACACAAAAUUGAGCCAAAAGCUGAACACUACGGGUGCAUAAUCGACCUGCUGAGUCGAGCUGGGCGGUUCGAGGAAGCGGAGGGAGUGAUACAGAGACUUCCAAACACAGCCACUGCUUCAGAGGAAGCAGUGGCUUGGAGGGCGUUUCUGAGUGCUUGCUGUAAGCAUGGGGAAAUGCAGCAGGCUGAGGGUGCUGCUGAGAGGCUGUUUGAAUUGGAAAGACAUAGUGGGGCUUACGUUCUACUCUCGAAUAUGUAUGCUGCUUUGGGGAAGCAUGGGGAUGCUAAAAGAGUGAGGAAGAUGAUGAAGUUGAAAGGGGUUGAGAAGGUACCUGGUUGCAGCUCCAUUAAAGUCAAUGGAGUUGUCACUGAGUUCAUUGCAGGGGAUAAAACCCACCUCCAAAUUGGUGAUAUUCACUUGGUUUUGGAAGAGUUGAAUAAACAAAUUUCUCACCCUGAUCUUUUAUAUUUCUAA